GCGAGUGCAUGUCGCCGGCUCCUCUGUCCCCGCACGCUUUUCCCGAUCGUCCGAAACCUUGCCAUGUGCUCGGAGCCACCCGCGUGUUGUGUUUCUUUUUGACUCUUUGUGUUUUCAUCCCCUGUCAUGAGGCCCCCGUGCGUAUCUACAUGUUGCCGACUGCUCGGUUGACUCCGGUUUGGAAAAUUGUGUUGGUUUUAUUUUGACUCUCUUUCAAAAUGGACUAUCAGAACGCUAUGGAGAUUUUUUCCGAGGCUUGGAUGGCGGCUAAUGCCAAAGGAACCGCGAAUUUCGCCGAGAACGGACUCCAGUGUCAAACACAAGCUCUAGCUCUGACAACAGGUUCCAAAUCACCUCCACCGUCCCCAGCUCCAUCACACAGUCCUGUUUCAGCAAGUCCACUACCCAUGCCCAACGUAGCCAAAUCCGAUUCUUUUGACGACAACUCGAAAAAUAGUCCAGGAAAAUCCUUACCAGUUCAUUGUGUGGUUGAAAUAAUCAGCUCUCUUCAGUCAUGGAAAACAGAAGGACAAGUGGAGACCGAUAGUUAUGUCAUCAUCCCCGCCAAUACGGUUUUCUGUGAUUUAGUCCAAGUGGCACUGCAUAGGUUAGGUUACUCUAGGGAAAACGCAGCUGCAGCAAAAGGUUCUGUCGUGAUAAAAAAUUGGAAACCGUUGAGUUUUGAUAAAAUAUCGGACAACCCACAAGUUACUGUUGGCGAUAUUUUGGGCGAACUUACAACUGUAGCAACACUUAAAAUACAGAUUUUCCGAUCUCGACCUGAUGUCAUCACCGAAAUGAAAGAUAAGCUUUUACGAUUGCUGUUAAUGCAAUCGCACAAUCAUCUCAUACUGUCUGGUUGUCCCCUUGAUGAGCUAACUUUGUCACAGCUGGUACGAAGUCAGUGCAGCUCUUUGGCUUUGGGCGAGCCCUCCGAAGAAAUCCGGCGCAAAUUUGAUGCAUGGUGGUAUAUGCAAAUACCCAAACCUCCAAAGAUGCCAGUUUUUCAUCAGUCACCACCGACCUUUGAGAAACCCGUCGAUAAAACUCCAGAUGAUCGAGUUCAUCCCGUUCUCCAGACGGUUGAAAGUCAAUACCGGACGCAGAAAACUAGAAUGCGGACAAGUUUCGAUCCAGAAUUAGAACUACCAAAGCUUCAGAGAUGGUUCAUUGAAAAUCAGCAUCCAAGUAGACAACAGAUUCAACAAUAUGUGAUGGAACUCAAUAGCUUGGACUCAAGACGAGGUCGCAAACCUUUGGACAUCAACAACGUCGUGUACUGGUUCAAGAAUGCGCGAGCAGCUCAAAAAAGGGCAGAGGUCCGGAAUCUAUCCUCAGGUCUGCAUUGUCACUUCCCAAUAAACGGGUACCAUAGCAACAGUCAGAGCCCGAGCGACACGGGGAUGAUGAGCAAGGCGGCGACGAGUCCAGAUAGUCGGGAUGACGACGAGGAGAGCCGCCUGUCGUCGCAGUCGGCGCCCCUCUCGCUCACCGUCAAGCAGGAGCGCCAGGAGCGGCAGGAGAGGCAGGACAGGAGCCAGAGCCAGCGCAUCCACGCCUCCUCCCCCCACGAAUCCGCGCGAUCCCGCUCGCGAUCCCGCUCCCGCUCUCCGCUGAAAGCAGGAGACAUAUCGAAAACUUCACCUUUAACGAACUUGCGGGGCGUAUAUUUUCCUCUUGUGUAAGCACUAUUUUCGGCAGCUAGUGUCGCAGGCCUCAAUCUGGAAAGGAUAUUUUCUCGACCUGUAGAGAUAACAGACAGCAUGUAUCAUUUCAUGUUUUUCCGUAGCUUAUAAAGUGGCUUUAACGCUAUUUUCUUUCUUUCAUCGUCCCUCCAUUUUUUUCUUUUCUUUUUUUUGUAAAUGGUGUAUUGUCUCGUCUGCCUAUUGACUAAUGUCAAAUAUAACUAUGAACACAUUGAAGUCUAAAAGUUGUAUAGUUCAAGAAUGUCUCAGUCAUGCUGAGUGGAAUAGGAGCAAGUUAGUUCUUAUGCUGGCUUUAGUGAAUAAAUAUGGCUUAAAAGCCAUAAUAGCAAAUGAAUUUUCAGAAAACUGAUGGAAACAUCAGAAAAAUUACUUAUUUUUUCUUAAUUAGACUUACAAUUCAUCAUCGGGGGAUGUAUCAUACGUCACCGAGGUGUAAAUGUCAGAAUUUAUCUCCUGAGAUUUUUUCUGUCCACCUUUUUUACCCUACUUCUUCGUUCUUAAUUCUUAAUUAAUACUACUGUGAACCUGCAUAAGACAUUCUUACAACUCACAAUAAAAAAUAAACUAUUAUAAGUGUCAUUCACGUCAAAUACGUAUCUAACAUUCCCAAUCAUUAUUACCUAUUGUCAGUUUAUGAUCCAGAAUUCCAAAAAUUAUCAAGAGACGAAAAUUGUACACUGAGUUAGAGAAAAUAAUGUAAUUAAAUAUAAAAUUAUCCAGAAAUUUGUAUCUCAACAAUUUGACCCUUCAUAAUCAUACACAGCCGACCUCGAUUCGAAAUAGGCAACAAAAUAAGACUGAUUAAGAUAGAUACUAGAACUGAUGAAGCGAUCACGUAGCUGACGAGAAAAAUAAUAUCCAGCUACUCAAACGUUCCUAUGAAAGCAGCCGUAUUAUUAUACAUUCCUUUACAUUCUUAAUGUGCUUUACUUACUUUCCCCUGGUCGUCAAACUGAAAUAGGUAGCUUUAAUGUAAAAUUUGAUUCCAUAAAGUAAAUCCUAACUAGGUAUAACAUUUCUAAUUGUUCAGCAGGCAUUCAAUUAUUGUAAAGGCAAAAUUUGUCUAGCGUUAGUCACUGACUUUCUACAACUGAAUAAAUGUUCUUCGUUCACAAGAAAAAAUUAUGGCGGACUCAUUUCUUCGUUUUUUCCUUAAUAGUCUCUUUUUUGGUCUCCAAUGUCACAAAGUCAGACAGUUGUGCAUUUGGUCAGGAAGACAAAAAAAUUAUAGUCACUUCAAUUAGUCACUUAUUUAAUGUAAUUAUACAUGUUAUAACUUUCUUAGAAUUAAUGUUGUGAUGAGAUUCCCAACAGUAUAUGUACAGUAUCGUAAAACUACAAAUAAAACAAUUGAAAAAAAAUAUUUAAAAACGUUAAAAUGCUGUAAAUACAUUUACGUCUAUAUUUAUCGUAUUUUUGUCUUAAAAGCACCAAAUAUAGCUGGAUUUAAGUAUGGAAUAUUCGCUGUUGUCUUGGCUAGCUGUGUCUAUACUUGGGCACGUAGGAUAUGCUUACUUACAGUGGCGUGGCGUGAAGGAUCGAUUAUCGACAUUUAUCCAUUCGAAGCUGUAGUAAAGAAUCACAUGUCGUUGCGAACACCUUGAUAAUCGAUCCUUUUCCAUAGAUUUAAAUGGCAGAUCAAUCGAUAUAUGGCAAAGCACGCCACGACACUGCUUACUUACCUUUAAGUUUUUUAUUUAUUGAUCUAUUUAUUGUUCGAUAUCUUAUUUAUUUUUUGUAUAUUCUGCAUGGCUUUUGAUGACGAACAGGAACAGGUAUUGGUGUAGGUGCUAGCCGAGUGUUCAGCUAAUUUUCAUCCAGGAUCUCAUCUCUGUUAUUUCGUGUUAACUGUAUGUUGUUCUAUGUUCCUGUAAUAAAAAAUAUUUUUAUUACUUCAUUUUGUAUCAUAAUGUUAUUUUGUUGUUCCAUUUCUUUGUUAGAAUAAAUAAACGAAGCUGUGUUAAAAUCUUGAAUGCAAA